CUCUUGACCAACACUUUGUCCAUCGCUUACCAUUCUACUCCACAACGACCAUCCCCCCACCAGCGCAUCCCUCCGCGCCCCUUUGACCUCUCAUCCACUACUUCGCAUCCAUACCAGACCGCUGCUCAGUCUACCCCUCCUCGGUCAUUCGCGACGUAGGACCCCUUUGAAAGAGGAAGGUCCUCUACGGAGUCAGCUUUCUACCCCUAUCUCGGCAGUGGCGAGCAUCAGUAGCGUGACAGCAAACGGCUCAAAGGCAACCCUGCGCCACCAUGGUCCUCUCCUCCUCUUCAUCCACCUCGGCCUCGUCUACGCCCUUCUUUACUAGCGCACGGGCAUCACGCCAAGCUGCUUCAUCUACUCCCUCUACAUCCACAUCGGGUUCACGCGCUCCACUUUCAGAGCUUUCCCUCGCCCCAUUCAUCUUUGCUGCUCACAAUGCCCAAAACAUUGCCAGCAAUGAGAGUCCUCGCAGUAGCCCGCUCAGCAAGCAACACGGCCCCUCGCCGAUUCUCAAGCCGACGUCGAUGAGCAAGAAGCGGACGCCUGCGAAGAGUGCGGUAGCUUCGUCGAGUAGAGGGGGUUUGAGUCAGGAUCUUGAUACAGAAGGGGAUGUGACCAUCACUAGCAAUGGCAGCAGCAAGUCAGGACGUUAUAGUCAGCCCCUCACACCUCCUCAUCACUCCACGACGCCAAAGAAUCUACGGCCUCAUCAUCCACACGUCUACUCCAGCAACACUUCGCCUCUGGUCACUGGCAAUGCCUCGCCUAGUCUACGACGUGGAGUCGAGAGCCCUCUCAAGAAGGUUACACAUGGUAGUCCAUACCAGAAUGACGCAACGACUCCUUCCAGCUAUCGCGCCUCACCGGUUGGCUCCAUGGAUCCAGUGGCAGCUAAGGGAGGCUCCAGCUCGCUCCCUCGCAAGCGCCAUCGUGUCCAAUCAGGCGAAGCUGAGCUGGCCAGAGAAGAGGCGGAUAGACCUCUUGUCGGUACCCCGACUCCUCACAAGAAUGCAGCCGCGGCAGCAAAAGGGGGCUCUUCGGCAAGGAAGAGGGAGAAGAGCAGGACAAUGGUGGUAGACGAUGCCUCCGAUCAAGAGGCCAGGCUGCAACUCUCUGCAGAAGAGGAGAACCCCUUCAUGGCUCGCGACAAUGGAGGCUUCGUCGUCUUCGAAGAUGUAGGAGACGAUAUGCCAUUGCUGAGCAUGGAAAAGCAGACUUCGGUCCAGGCGGAUGGCGAUGAGGACAAGGAGAACAUCCGUCUCAUGCCCGUCCCAGCUCAAGCAAGCCCAUCGACGAUGACACCUCCCACCUCUCAACCUCAGCAAACCACAUCCCCAUCGACAAGCCGUCGACCCAGCGCAGCGCCCCUGCAGAGAGCGACAGCAGCAGACAAUCGAGCCCACGGCAGACUCGCGGCGAAUGCAAAGGGCAAGUACACCACCUCAUCGACUUUGGUGACUACAGGGAGUAGCAGUAGCAAUAGUGGUAGUGGCAGCAGCAGUGAAGAGGGCUCCUCCUUCUUUGCCUCUUCCUCGAGCUCCUCCGCUUCGGGAGCAGAAGGAGAAUCGGGACUGGGAUUACCACGCCUCCUCAGCAGGAGCAGCCGUAAAGCCGGGCGAGAUCUUCCCCCUACUCAAACACGGAUGCUCGGGCGACGCGCACGAGAAGGGAGUGCUGAAGUUGGCAGCGCUGACAGUGCAGCGGGAGCAGGAGAUGAACGCCCUGAGGGAGAGGAGGAAGGAGAAGGGGAGAGGGAGUGGCGUAAGAGCAAGACGCCAAGGAGGAAGGGGACGGGUGGGCGCUUGAGUUUGCUUGCUUCUGCUGAGGCUGAGGCUGAAGCUGAUGGUUGAAGCUGAGGCUGACGAUUCACACUUGAAAGCAGCAGCAGCAGCAGCAGAGCCGAGGGGACCGAUGGGACAAGAUCUGCCUGGAUUUCCCCGUUCCGAUUGAUUUCCCAGAUAUGUACAAUAGACUCGAACAAAGAUCCGUCCUCUGCUGCGCUUGCGCUUGCGCUUUUGCUUUUGCUUUUUCAUCCUCUCCCCCCCCUUUCCCAUCUCCAUCCAUCUGUCGGCUCUCUUCCAAGCGUCCACGAGCUACACCCUGUGGCAAGUCGUCUUCGUCAGACGGACGGGGAGCAGAAUGAAGUGACAUCAAGUGAGGUGAGGUAAGAGUGACAAUGUAUAGUGUGGUAUUCAU